AUGCAGCCCGUAUCUCACCAAGCUCAGGGGUCUCCAGUGAGCAGGCCGGCAGCUCCGUACGGGGCCCCUGUUUCUGAAGAGGCAGACGACCUCCCCCAGGGUGUCAACGUCAACAUCUUCCAUAGCACCCGAGCCGCCAAGUUGUUGGGUAAGGAUGGAGAACCGCCAAAGGUUGACUUCGGUAACCGCAAGAAGCUCCCACCCACGAAACUCCCCGAGUUUGUCGAUUUCUCCAAGUUGUCCAAGGAUGGCGAGGCAAAGAAAUUAGCUACCCCUGAGAGUGCUCCAAGUACUUCUCAGACCGCCCCUCAACCUGAACUUGUCAACAGCGAAGCUCUAAGAAACGAAAACUCACCGAUACCUUCAGAGCCUCCGUCUGCUGCCGCUGCUCCUACGGGCCCGGUAUGUACGGGUCCGGUAUCUAAGGGUGAACCUCCCGUCGAAGCUAUCCUGGGCGCUGCGGUCGACCCAACAGCACCCCCCGCACACGCCCUCAGGGAAUCCAGCGUGCCCGCCACACGCCUGAGCAGACUUUGGAACUAUGGCGGUCUGGCAGCAGGAAUGAUGGGUGGUGCCAUCACCGAGAGCAUCGGCAGAGCAUUUGGCGGUGGCGGUGAGGGCUCAGUACUGCUCAGUGCUGGCAACAUGGAAAGGCUUGUCGCGAAGCUGUCGAGAAUGCGCGGCGCUGCACUGAAGAUGGGCCAGAUGAUGAGCUUCCAGGAUACCAAGAUGCUCCCGGGACCGAUUCAGGAGGUUUUACAGAGAGUACAGGACCGUGCCGACUACAUGCCGUCUUGGCAGAGAGACAAGGUCCUCAAGGCCAACCUGGGCGCGGAAUGGCGCGAGCUGUUUGAGGACUUUGAGGAGAAACCCAUUGCUGCGGCGUCCAUCGGCCAAGUUCACCGGGCUACUUUGAAGGAAAGUGGUCGUAAGGUCGCGGUUAAGAUUCAGUUCCCUGGAGUCGCAGACUCGAUCAAUUCCGACCUCGACAACCUGGGCAUUCUCUUAACCGCCACUAAGCUCCUACCAAAGGGCCUUUACCUAAACAAAACCAUUGACAACGCGCGGCUCGAGCUGGGAUGGGAAUGCGACUACGAGAGAGAAGCGCAGUGCCUGAUCCGUUACAAGGAGCUCUUGGCCGAUGAACCGGAUACGUUCCUUGUGCCUGACGUUCAUCUGCAAGUCUGUGGAAAGAAUGUUCUGACCAUGGACUGGAUGGAGGGUGUGGGCGUCACUAGAGUCAAGUCGUUCACUCAGGAGCAGAAAGACUGGAUUGGCACCCAGAUCCUCCGUCUCUGUCUCCGGGAGAUCACAGAGUUCAAGUUCAUGCAGACCGACCCUAACUGGACAAACUUUCUUUACAACGCGGAGACAAACAAGCUCGAGCUUCUCGACUUUGGUGCUUCCCGGGAGUACCCCGAUGAAUUCGUUACGCAGUACGUUCAGCUCCUUGCCGCGGCCUCGAGGACCGACCGGGACGAAGUCAAGCGUUUGUCUGAGAGUCUGGGAUACCUUACUGGCCACGAGAGCAAGCUCAUGGUGGACGCGCACGUCAAGUCGGUGCUCACCCUGGCGGAGCCUUUCCUCGGCUCGGCACCCGAGGUCUACGAUUUCCACGACCAAACCAUCACAGAGCGCGUCAAGGCUCUUAUCCCCGUCAUGCUGCGCGAGAGACUUGCGCCACCGCCCGAGGAGACUUACAGUCUGCAUCGUAAGCUGAGCGGUGCAUUCCUGCUUUGCGCGAAGCUCGGCAGCAAAGUCAGAUGCCGCGAGAUGUUUGAAGAGAGUCUGAAGAAGAAUGGAUACAAUGCUUAG